GGGGGAAGAAGCGAGAGAGAGAGAGUGAGAGGGGUGGGGGGAGAAAGAGAGAGAGAGAGCAGUUAUACAGAUCAGUUAUUCACAUUCUCUAGCUGAGCAAGUUAACGCAAAAAAUAAAAAGCCCUCGGCACUGAGCUGAGGACUAGAGGCGCUCAAAGGAUCAAGGAAGAAAGCAAAGGGUCCGCUUAAGAAAUCGGAGGAACUGAGGGCUCCAACAUUUAGCAAGAAGCUGUAGCCUAAUUGAAAACUGCAAGGAUGAUCGCCACCACGCAACAGAAUAUGACCACAGAGCUGCAGGACUUGGGGGGUUCAGGGGGACCCCCCCGAAACUGGAAGGGCAUUGGGAUUGCGAUGGUGGUGAUCCUGGGGGUUAUGUCUUUGGUCAUCCUUGCUGUCAUCCUGCUGAGCCCUGAUGAGUCUCGGCUCACUCUCCUGUCCCCCCUGACUGUAGAGGAUUUGGAGACUGAGGAGUUCAAAGUUCAUGACCCCUGCGUGACCUGGCUGAAUGAGAACGAGGUGGCGCUCCGCAGCCGGGCGGGAUACGUGCUGAAACACAGCCUCCACCUCAACCUCACCACCACCCUGCUGGACAACUCCACCUUCGACCUGAAAGCCAUCAAAUUCCAGGUGUCUGCCGACCAGAAGUUUAUCCUGCUGGCCUACGACAUUCACCCGGUGUUCUCUCAGUCCUACACAGCCUCCUAUGUGGUCUACAGUGUGGGCACUGGGGAUUUAUCUGCUCUCAAGCCCCCUGAGAUGGAGGCUGCUGUUGUGCAGUAUGCUGCAUGGGGACCCCAAGGGAACCAGCUGGCUUUUGUCUAUGAUAACAACAUAUACUACCAGUCUGAGGUGUCCAGUGGCCCCCUUCGCCUCACAUCCUCGGGCAGGCAGGGUCUGGUUGUCAACGGAGUGACUGACUGGAUCUAUGGGGAGGAGGUGCUGCUGACGUACCCCGCCCACUGGUGGUCCGGGGAUGGAGCUCGAUUGGCUUACCUCACCAUCAACAAUUCAGCCACGCCCUUUAUGGAGAUACCUCACUUCCUGGGUGGGGGUUACCCUUCCAAUAUGUUCUACCCUUAUCCCAAGGCUGGUGCCAAUAUCCCUGCAGUGGGCCUCUUCGUCGUCAACCUCUACGGCCCCGCCCACACCUUGGAGAUGAUUCCCCCAGACUCGUUCAGGACCAGGAACUACUACAUCUCCAUGGUGAAGUGGAUCAGCAGCACCCGCCUCGCCGUGCGCUGGCUGAACAGGCCUCAGAACCAAUCAGUGCUCUCUGUGUGUGAGGCCACGACCGGGGCGUGCUCAGAGAAACACAAAAUGGCUGUGGAUGUCUGGCAGGAUCAGCGGCAGGAGGUGCCGUUGUUUUCUGGAGAUGGUUCCGUGUUCUACCUGACUCUCCCUGCCAAGCAGGGCGCUCGCGGCGAAUUCCGACACAUUGCGGCCCUUCCGGUUCAGCCCGCCGUCCCCUCUGUCCCCCCUCGCUUCCUGACGUCGGGAAACUGGGACGUCACGUCGCUGUGCGCCUUGGACGAGGAGCAGGGGAAAAUAUACUUCCUGAGCACUGAAGAAUCCAGGCAGAGCAGACAUUUAUACAGUGUGGAUGUUGGGGGAGUAUUCCUGAGACAGUGCCUUACCUGCAAUCUUAUUGAGGGGUGCAGCUUUUUCAAGGCUCAGUUCAGCCCCAACCAAACUCAGUUCAUCCUCCAUUGCUUGGGCCCUGGUAUCCCCAAAGUUACUGUUCACAGGACAAAUGAUCCGUACAGAUACACUGUGCUGGAGGAUAAUUGGCCACUGUCUCAGGCCCUGGAGGGAAAGCGGUUGCCAGAGAUCCAGUUUCAGACCCUCUCGGACGUGGACUUCGAUCUUCACCUGAAGAUGGCGCUGCCCCUGGGGUACGAGAGCAACCUCCACCCGCUCCUCCUCAUAGUAGACGGAGUUCCUGGCAGCCAGGCAGUCACAGAGGAGUUCUCGUUAGGCUGGCCGGAGGCACUGUGCAGCUCCCACGGGGUGGCGCUGGCCUGGGUGGACGGCAGGAACGGGGUCGCGCGGGGUCAGAAGUCACCCGCCCUCGACCCCCGAAAACUGGGCUCCCUGGCGGUCAAGGAUCAGCUGGGUGUAGUUGAGUGGCUCAUGCAGUUGCCUUACAUAGACCACAGACGGAUCGCUCUUUACGGGAAGGCCUUUGGAGGCUAUUUAACCCUAAAGAUGCUGUCUGCCACAGACAAGCUGUUCAAGUGUGCAGCUGUGAUGGCUCCCAUAACAGACUUCCGGCUCUAUAGUGCUGCCUUUUCGGAGAGGUUCCUGGGUCUUCCUGCCAAAGAAGAGAGUUUCUAUACGGCUGCGUCAGUGCUAGAGGAAGUCCACAGACUGAAAGAUGAGAACUUCCUGCUACUGCACGGCACUGCUGACACGCGGGUGCACUUCCAGCACAGUGCCGAGCUCCUCAGCCGCCUGGUGAAGAUGGAGGCCAACUACUCCCUGCAGCUGUACCCGGACGAGGGCCACGCCCUGCGAGAGGAGAGCAGCAGACAGCACUGCCAGCGCAGGCUCUGCCACUUCUACCAGGCCUGCCUGGAGUACUUCCCCUACGCCCCCGAACCAGAGUCCCCAGAGGAGGACUACUGAGGCCCCGCUGCGCCCCCGCUCCGCCACACUAGCGCAUCCCCUACCCCGAACAAGCCGAGGACCGAGAGGAUGCCUACUGAAUCCCCACCCUGCUACCCCCCCCCCCCACUCCAGCAACGCUAGCGCAUCCCCUACCACAAACCCGCCGAGGGCCGAGAGGAUGCCUACUGAAUCCCCACCCUGCUACCCCCCCCCCCCCUCCACUCCAGCAACGCUAACGCUUCCCCUACCACAACCAGCCGAGGACCGAGAGGAUGCCUACUGAAUCCCCACCCUGCUAC